GGCUGCGCGGGCCUCGGCUGCGCGGGCACGCGGGACGCCCAGCUGUCAAUCACGCGCAGGGCUGAGUUCGGCGAGGCGGGAGCGGCGGCGGCGGCGGCGGCGGCGGCGGCGGCGAUGGGACCCCAGCGAGAGAUCUGCGGCUAGCUGGCUGCAUUUGCUCCACGGGUCAGGGGAUCGCAAGGGGGCAGGUUUGAAGAAUGAGCCAUUAAAAGGAAAAGUCAAAGAGUAAACAACAAGAAGAGGAAGAGGAGAAUUUCAAAGCAAAAAAGGAUGAGUUCUUGCAGCAACGUCUGUGGGUCCAGGCAGGCACAGGCUGCUACCGAGGGCGGGCACCAGCGCUAUGGAGUCCGGUCCUACCUGCACCAGUUUUAUGAGGACUGUACCACUUCCAUCUGGGAGUAUGAGGAUGAUUUCCAGAUCCAGAGAUCACCCAACAGGUGGAGCUCAGUAUUCUGGAAGGUCGGACUCAUCUCUGGCACAGUCUUCGUGAUUCUUGGAUUGACUGUCCUGGCAGUGGGCUUUCUUGUGCCCCCCAAAAUCGAAGCCUUUGGCGAGGCCAAUUUCGUGGUGGUGGACACGCACGCUGUCCAGUUUAACGGAGCUCUUGACAUGUGCAAGCUGGCGGGUGCUGUGCUGUUCUGCAUCGGGGGCACGUCCAUGGCAGGGUGCCUGCUGAUGUCGGUGUUUGCAAAAAGCUACUCCAAAGAAGAGAAAUUCCUUCAGCAAAGGUUUAAAGAGCGAAUCGCAGACAUCAAGGCCCACACUCAGCCCAUCACAAGAGCUCCGGGCCCAGGAGAAACAAAGAUACCAGUCACUUUGUCCAGGGUUCACAAUGUCCAGCCCUUAGCGGCAACCUGAAAUCUUUUCCACCCAACCCUCCCCUCUCUAAUUUACACCCAGUGUUGCAAGGGAGCAGGCGUUUGGGAGACGACAAGGCUUUGGCGUUGACCUGUCCCAGAGCUGUGCUGGGCAGUGGGCAGAGUGAUGACUGAGCUCAGGCCCAUUCCAUUCAGCGGUCCUGGGGACGCUUGGCGCAGUGGGUCAGCGUGGGCACAUGCACCCAGCCGCCUAAAGAGGUGCAGCUGGGUGCCCACCAGAAGCUCGCUAGACCUACUUUCUCAUACAGUGUGACUUUGUGACAUUUUCCGUGUUCUUGGAAAGCGCUCAACAGUUCAGACCAGCCUACCAAUGGCUAGUGUGGUCCAUUUUACUUUCUUGUGUUGUUUUUUCUAAUUUUCUAACCUUUCCUGUGUGGUGCUGCCUUCUAUUCGUGGUCUCACUACAUGUAAGAUAUUGUCGUGUGUGUUCAUAGAAAAAUCAAAUUCCCUGGUUUUGACCCAAUCAUUGGUCUUUUAGCUCUAACGUAACAUGAGUCCUUAAGAUCAGAAUCAAACUUUUCAGAAUUCUCCACAAACUUUUCUUUGUUUUAUUUUCUCCAGUUUUUUCCAUUUAAGGAGCUCAAAUUGCCAACUUUAGAAUCUUGGGAAAGAAAUUAGUAUUUGGAGAAUCUAUUUAUGCAGUGUCCAAAAGCCCUGAAGUAAAAGUCAAGAAAUUUGAGUGCCUAUUACUAACUAGCUGCGUGAUCUUGGGGAAAGCACCUAACCUCCCCAGGCCUCAGUUUCCCCAUCUGUAGAAUGGGGGUCCUGGUCUGCGAUGUCUUGUUUUGCCAUGUGUCGUUGUGUGUCCAUGACCAAGGACGUUUACAGUGUUCUGUGGCUCUCACCACAGUGGGAUUCUUUCAGAUCUGGACUCCCAGAAACUUGCCAAGUCAGGAUCCUCCAUGCCACCCACUUCUAAAUAUCCAACCCCAGCAGUUUAUACAAUGCUGUCAUAUUUUUAUAGAAACAAGAGUAAGCCAUCCGCCUCUAAGAAACCCCUGAGUAGACAUAAACCUUAAGAGGGUUUUCUUUCUCGAAAAAGAUACUUUCUUCUCCUGUAAAGUGUUCAUCUCAUCCCUUUGCAUUUCUGCUUAAUCUGUGGAUUUAAAUCAGACUGAAGAAAACAGAACACGUGAUCUUGAUACCCUCUCAGAACCUGUGCCACCUUCAAAUUCUGUCUUUUUGUUUUUUCCUUUCUUCACUGGAUAAAUAAAAUAUGUGAAUGAACAGAA